ACAAGUUCACAAUUGACGUUUGCUUGACAUUGGAUUAUAAAAUAUGUAAAUCUGACAAACUUAUAAAAUAUAACAAAAAUAAAAAAAAAUGACUAAAUAUAAUUUAAUUUUAUUAAAUAUUAAAGGAACCAUUGAAAUACAAAAAGAAAUAAUCUAUGCAUUUGUAUAAUUAUAAAUCAUAGUAAGCAAUACGUAUAUUUGCCCAGUGUCGUCACGUCAUCGAUAAGACGGUGCUUAUAGUGUUAAACUGGAGGAAGAACUUUGAAAAUGUCUAUGCCAGCGGUACGAGCUGCCUCUCGUUGUUUACGGGCGCUGCGACGGUCUGUUCGGCUAAGCAGCAGCGCUGUUAUACAAUGUGAUUGUGGCAACAGAGGCGCCGACACCGGCUCUGGUUCGGGCUCUCGUGCAGGCGCUGAUAAUGAAUAUAGGACUCCACACGGCUCUCCACGUUCGUACGCGCUUACUAUUGGUACACUGGGUUUGGCGCUGCUGGCAGCUGAUCAUAUAUACAAUGAAAAACGAUUUUUUAAGGCCGCACAACUUGGCAAUGUUCAAGAAUUACGCAAACAGGUGGAAGCAUUAAUCGCAAGCGGCGAAGGAACACGCGAGGGGUCGAGCGACGAAGGCGGCGCGGCGGACCGGCGGCACGCACUCGGCUGGACGGCGCUGAUGGCGGCCGCCGCCAACGAUCGGCCAGCUGCUGUGGCCGAGCUGCUGCGGCUGGGCGCGCGGCCCGACGCCGCCGAGCGGUAUGCGGGCGCCGCCGCCUCCGCCGCCGCCACCGGCCUGCACCCGCUCGAGGCGCUGCAGCGGCGCGAGGACGAGUUCUGCCCGAGCAUGAACGCGCGCGCCUCGUUCCUGGGCUGGACGGCGCUGCACUACGCGGCGCUGGCGGACUCGGCGGGCGCCGUGCGCGCGCUGCUGCAGGCGGGCGCCGACCCGACGCGGCGCGACCACGCCGGCCGCCGCGCGCUGCACUACGCGCGCGAGCCGUCGGCGGCGCGCGACCUGCUGCUGGACCACGCGCGCCGCUGGGAGCUGGCCGCCGAGGCCGCCGCCGCCGAGGAGCGCCGCCGCUUCCCGCUCGAGCAGCGCCUGCGCCAGUACAUCGUCGGCCAGCAGGCCGCCAUCGAGACCGUCGCGGCCGCGGUGCGCCGCAAGGAGAACGGCUGGGCCGACGAGGAGCACCCGCUCGUCUUCCUGUUCCUCGGCAGCUCGGGCAUCGGCAAGACGGAGCUCGCGAAGCAGCUCGCGCGGUACAUGCACCGGGACGACCCGGCCGCGUUCAUCCGGCUGGACAUGUCCGAGUACCAGGAAAAGCACGAGGUGGCGAAGCUGAUCGGCGCACCGCCGGGCUACGUGGGCCACGAGGAGGGCGGACAACUCACGCGCGCGCUGGCCCGCCGCGCCGACGCCGUCGUGCUGUUCGACGAGGUCGACAAGGCCCACCCGGACGUCCUCACCGUGCUGCUCCAGCUGUUCGACGAGGGACGAUUAACAGAUGGAAAAGGAAAGCUGAUCGAGUGUAAAAAUGCUAUUUUUGUUAUGACAUCGAACUUGGCGGCCGAUGAAAUAGCAGAGUACGGCCUCGAACUGCGACGAGAGGCGGAGGCGCGGUCCGCCCAGCGAGCUCGCAUCCAGCCCCCGGUCAACGGUGACGCUAACAAAACCGAGUCGGAAUCCGACGACGAGCAAGAUUCUUUGGACAAAAAUGACGUCGAGGAAUCGCUAGAAGUCUCGCGUCACUUCAAGGACAGCGUGGUCCGACCGAUACUGAAGCGGCACUUCGGCCGCGACGAGUUCCUGGGGCGCAUCAACGAGAUCGUGUACUUCCUCCCGUUCUCGCGGCAGGAGCUGCUGACGCUGGUCAACCUGGAGCUGAAGCACUGGGCCGAGAAGGCCCGCACCAGGCACGCGGUCGAGCUGCACUGGGAGGGCGGCGUGCUGGGCGCGCUCGCUGACGGGUACGACGUGCACUACGGCGCGCGGUCGAUCAAGCACGAGGUGGAGCGGCGCGUGGUGAACCAGAUGGCGCUGGCGGCGGAGCGCGGCGCGCUGGGCCGCGGCUGCGACGUGCUGCUGUCGGCGCGCGGCGGCCGCGUGCUGCUGGCCGUGCGCCGCCCGCCCGCCGCGCACUACGCGCCGCUCGACCUCGCCGCCGGCUGACGGCACACCGCUCUCGCCGACGACUCGACACGCUAAUUUAUUAAAUAAAUACUAAUACAUUGCGA